AUUCGAAAUGCCCAAAGCCCAGGUGCAGACUGCAGUCCAGUUCUGCUCCGCCGCAUCCCGGCGAUGCUUCCGGCGGCGCAGAGGCCCCUCCGCCGCAUCCCCCUCGCGCGCCUCCUCUCCUCCGCCUCCGGACAAGGCGGCCCUCCCGCCGACGCCGCGCGCCUCCGGAGCCGCCCCUUCUCCUCCUCCUCCGCCUCCGGAGAAGGUGGCCCUCCGGCCGUCUCCCCCGCCGAGUCCGCGGUGAGGGAGGAGGAGUUGAGGAGGGCGGCGUACAAACAGGUAGCGGGCUUGAGAUGGGAUAGCAACGACGACUUCUUCAGGGCAUUGGAUAUAAUGAGAAGCGUGCCACCCAAGCGCAAGGAAUUCGGCCUUGACUUCCACCUGGUGCAACUCUUCUUUGUGUGCUUGCCUUCGCUAGCUGUUUAUUUGGUUGCUCUGUAUGCACGAAGUGAGAUGAAAAGGAUGGAUGCGGAAGCAGAAGAGAAAAGAAGAAAGCGUGAGAAACAGGAGAAAGAAAAACAGAUUGAAGCCGAUUCUAUCAAGGAUGAUACUGAUUCAAAGCUGUCAGAAGUUUUAGUCAGGUUAGAUACACUGGAGGGGGUUGUUAAUGAGAUUGUGGAUGACAAAAGGAAAGGUUCUGCCCAUGGUUCUUCCAACAAGGAAGAAGCUAUAAAAAAAGGUGAGGCAUUAUCUCCUGAUAGAAUUUCUGAUUCAAAAAGCAAUGCAAGUGAUGGUCAGGUAGUGCCAAUCAAGAGUAAGGACAUCAACGGUGCUACAAACGCUUCACCAAAUUCUGCGCAACAGAACCCUACAAGGAAUGGAGACAGGCCAUCUUCUGUGCCCAAGGUUUGACAAAUCCUGCUGUUUUUGACACUUGCAGUGAUACAUGGAAUGCAUUGUACGCAUCAGUUGAAUAGUUCUUUGUUGACCAAUGAGCAAGCAAGAGCAUCCGCAGUAAUAGGUUCAGUUGCAUGACACCAUUUGCCAACAAUCUGGGACUCUCCUGGAAUGGCGUUGCAUGCGAAUACCUGUCUCUAUAGUCCCUACGGCAGAGUAGAUGCAGUUUAUAGAGCCUUGCACUCUUAUGGUCAGUUUUGUAGGAGCAGAACACAAAUGGUGGAUGAGCAGCGUAGCUGGCUGCUCAGCUUUGGUGACUUGAAACCCCCCCUAUUCUGUGUCUAAACAUAUACUCAGUUUUACAAUGCAAGAAUUUCUAGCUUUGUCUAGAUUUAUAUGGAUGCUAAUGGAUCUAGACAUAUAUAUAAAUUAGAUAAAUUCAUUAAUUGAUGAAUUUAUACAAUGCAAUACUGAACGGAGGCGGGCAGUAGCACUUUUGAUCCACCUUACAAAAACAUGGCACAAUGAAAUUUACAUCUGUGAGGUCUGUAGGUGACGGGUGUAACUCAGGAUUCGAAUUGUACCGAUACCAACACCUCUGCUGUGCUGGUAUAUUUGACAAGUUUAUCUCACUCUGUAACCAAACAGUAACCCUUCCAAGUUUGUAAUAUCAAGAAGACAGAUAUUGUUUC